AUGCUAGAGGCCCCUUCAGAACAGGACGUGACAUUUUGCGACAACAUUUAUGGACAAGAAACUCCAAUAACAAACAAAUUAUGUGGGUCUCUCACUCCUCGUGCAACGUUUGUCACCACCGGCGAUGUCGUCACGUUUGUGUUCCACAGCGACUUAACAAUUGAAUACAGAGGAUUUGACCUCAUUUUUACUGCAUUCCAUACUGGCAAAUGUGACACUACCGAGUUCAGAUGUGACAACAAACGUUGCAUCAACACCAGCCUCCACUGUGACGACUUCAACAACUGUGGCGACUACAGCGACUGGUGCGGCCCCAGCACCAUCCUCAUGGUCCUCAUCAUCGUCAUCUGUGUCACAGUCUUCAUCCUCCUCGUCUCGUCAGUCAUCAGAUGUGCAUGUAAAGAAAAGGUUCGCAAGUUUUCAAAGAGCGGAUCAUCGGGGGCUGAUAAUGACCUCACCACGACCAGUACGGGCAUGCGCGUGUCUUCCUUCCGGGGUCUCUCAGGACGUAGGUCAUCAAGCAGUUCGAACUUGUCUUCAGAGCCUCUUGCACAGCAGGAACCGCUCCUGAAUGAAAGUCAAAGUAGUGUUUGA